UUGCUACGAUUAAGACGCGCUACUACUACUACUCGCUGCUGUCACUAGUGCAGUAUACUACACCCCUAGAAGCAAUAGAACACUUCUGGCUGUGGAACCGAAAUCCACACCCAACCCCCCAUCAUCAUCUGUUGGCGCCAAAGGUCGAGCGAUAAAUCUGUGACGCGACGCGUGUGACACUCCGGAACGGACAAACUUAAUUAGGUGCAUUGUUUACUACCGAAAAGUUGAGGCGGCAAUAAAAGCAAUCAUCGUCGACAAUCUUUAUUAACGAUCAUCGCGGAAUUGUGCCGAAAUCAAAACAAUCCAGCAAACGACGUGUGCGGGACGUGGGAAAUAUGAUCUAACGGGUUCGAGUUUUCUGGAAGUGAAAUGUUGAAAAUCGCUUUGCAAGCAACGAUGAUGUGGAAAUUAGCAACAGUUUUCCUGCUAGCUUCAACGGUAUUGGCAGUCUUCCCAAUGGUAGUCGCCAACCAGCUCAGAUCUGCUCAGCGAAUCAAAUGUCUUAACCCUAACCGUGAAAAGGUACAGGACAACAUCACAUUACACCACCGACUAACAGCACUGCGCAACGAGAUGCGCACGAGGUCGUCAACCCAGACUACCGAGAUAGACGCCUACAUUGUGACGACGUACGAUGAACAUAUGUCCGACCAGCUGAUGGAAUCGGAUCGACGGUUGAAAUUCUUGACAGGUUUUUCUGGUCCUGGGCUUGCCGUAGUUACGAUCAGGUCUGCUGCCCUGUGGAUUGACAGGUCACUUCAUCUGCAGACAGAACACGAAGUAAAUUGCAAUUGGAAGAUUUUUCACAACGAUGAACAUGCAACCGUCAGGGAGUGGAUUGCGAAUGAAUUAUCACCUGAAUCUCGUGUUGGUGCCGAUCCUCAACUAGUACCACAUUCCUUGUGGCAUAGCUUGGAACGUCAGCUUAAUCUACACUCUAUCAAACUCAUCAAGGUCCAUCGUAAUCUCGUUGAUCUCGUGUGGGGCUCUCAACGACCUGCAUCGAAAUCAAAUUCCAUCAAAGUGCACCCGGUUCGAUUUGCUGGCGAACGCUGGGAUAGCAAGGUUAACAAACUUCGUUCCAAUCUGACCUCGCUUCGCUGUGAAGCAAUGAUCGUAACAUCGCUCACUGAAGUGGCGUAUAUUUUGAAUCUUCGAGGUUGUGACAUCCCCUACACUCCCGUCUUUAAAAGCUACCUUCUUGUCAGUAACCGAGAGAUCGUUCUCUACACAAAUCGAACGCAUAUCACCACCGGAUUGAUCAACCAUCUCAAAUCACACAACUGCCACAAUGAGUACUGUGUUCAAGUGAAAGACUACGAGGACGUGUGGCGAGAUUUACGAACCCUGUCGCAGCACUGGAAGCGAAUCCUCGUUCCAUCGACUGUCGUAUUCGACUUGGGAGCCUCGGAAGCGAUCUAUUCCGUUAUACCGCGUGAGUUAGUCUUGAACAAACCUUCACCUAUCAUAUUUCUUCGUGCGCAGAAAAACGAAGUCGAGCGGCAGGGUAUGAGGCGAGCUCACAUCCGGGAUGCGGCUGCUUUUUGUGAAGCUUUGAGCUAUCUGGAGAAACGGUUCAUCGCAGGGGACGACUUCACAGAGCAAUCGUUUGCCCGAGAAAUUGACCGGAGCAGAAAAAUUCAAGACCUGUCGGAGGGUACAUCAUUCAAGAGCGUUGUUGCGUUCGGUCCCAACAGUGGUGAUCCGCACUACACAACAAGCAAUCUGACCGACCACGGAAUCGGCGAUGACAACACAAUAAUCAUCGACUCUGGAGGUCAGUACCAGGACGGGACAACGGAUGUCACCAGAACCAUUCACCUGGGAGAGCCAAAGGCACGCCACGUCGAGGCGUACACAAAUGUAUUGAUCGGACUGAUUCAUAUGUCAAUGACGACUUUUCCGGAAAAUUUAAAACCCGCAGAGCUGGACGCACUAGCCAGAGGACCUGUUCAGGGAAGUCGAGUCGCGUUCCCUUAUGGAUCAGGUCACGGUAUUGGAUCCUACCUUUCUGUUCGUGAAUCUCCCAUUAGUUCCGCUCAUACUGUGAAACAGCGCCACACGUUCAGGGAAGGCUACUUCUUCGCAUACGACCCGGGCUACUACAUACCGUCAGAAUUCGGUAUUCGAUUAGAAAACGUUUUGGAAGUCCAGGAUACGGGAACAGUUCACCCUUCUGGAUACAAGUUCUUCUCCUUUCAAGAUGCUACCCUGAUUCCGUUCGAGCCCAAACUGAUCGAUAGCGAAAUGUUGAGCACAACAGAGGUCAAAUGGAUCAACGACUACAACGCCCGUAUCCGGCAGUUGGUGGGCGAUGAACUAAAACGGAAGCAGAAAAUGGAGGCCUUCUACUGGAUGAUGAACAAAACGCGAAACAUUCCCGAUCCUACCCAUUCUGGAGCCUAUGCUACUGUUAUGACCUGUCGAGCAGCGAUGCUGCUGUUAGUUGCACUAGCAGCAAGACUUGCAAUGAUUUUCUAACUUCUGUUGGAAGCCUUUAGACUACAUCAAGAACCUCCGACUUUUACAAUGCUCUCUGUCUCACACUGUCUCUCACACUAUCCAGCUUUUUACGUGCCAUAAUGGUGAGGAAAUUAUUCUUUUUAGAAAUGCUUUUGUAGCCCCUGUUUUGAAAAUACAGUCGUGAUCAGCUGAUCGGCCCAUCAUCGAGGCUCCGCUCAACUAAUUAAUACGAUAUGUUAGAUGAGUUGUCGAAUGUCAAUACCGGAAGCUAGCAGAGAAUGCAAUUGUUUACAUUUUGUUUCUGUUUAUAGACUUUCUGUUUAUAGUCGUGAUUCAUUGGUUAGGCCAUGCCUUUUCUCUCCAACUAACCAAUCAGAUUCGUUUGUUUAGUAUUAGGUUCUUUACAGACACAGUUAACCUCACUUUUCUUGACAGUUCGUUGUACUGUUUACAUGGACUUAGAAAAAAAAUGUGGACGACUAGAUUCACUAGAAGCAAAUCGUAAAGAAUUUUUCUAAGUCCAUGUAAACAGUACAAGCGAACUGUCAAAAAUGAACACUCCGUUCAUUUGUGACGUCACCGUAAAGUAUUCAAUAGAGUGACAGAUGUCAAACCCUGGACAAAGGAGAUGCUAGUAGUGUAGAAUAAUUCUGCUAGCAUCUUUAACUAACGCGACGCGACUUGCUAAAUAAAUUUGAAAUGAGAUUUUGAUAUUUAUUUACUGUUCAGUAGAAUUGCAAAUAUUAAAAUUCAUUGAAUGAAAAUUGAUCAUGUUUAUCCGCAUUCAUUUUCAAUAUUCAGUGACGCAACUGAAAACGUCAGAGGAACAAACUACCUAUUCAUUCAAUGCAGGUUUUCAUCCGUCUCCAAUUACAGUCGUGAUUCGCUGGGUGGACACUUAUUAACUAGAUCGUUUUUGAGUUGGAUCUCUGCUAGUUGGACCAUUGUCCAACUAAAAAGCAUCUGAAUAUCAAAAUAUUAUGUCAAAUUUACUUUGACAAUCAAUCUGACUAAUAUUAGUCUGUCAAUCGGUUCAACUACUAAAGUAGGCCCUGGCACAAUGAAUGCGAUGAUAAUUAAUAUUGUAUAUAUUUUACAGGCUUUUUGGAACAUUUACCUAGAAAUAUUAAGUGUGAAUAUAAUUGUACGAUAUUCAACUGAAUGAAUAACAUGGAUUUUUGAAUGAAUUCUGUCCGUGAAUUUCUAAAGGAGACGCGACGAUUAUUUUUCGUCGCAGCAAAAUUUGUAUUCGGCGAACGAUUCGUCGCAAUGUAUUUCUUAAAGAAUGAAUGACACUUUAAACAAAGAUGGUGCAAUUUUGUGUAAGAACCUUAUUGCAAAUAAAGCAUAAAAAACCUGAAACGUUAGAGGCACAGAUUUCUGUCAGUUUUAUUGGCAAUUCAGUUAAUGUAAACAAUUAACACACAUUUAACUUAGGCAAUACAUAUUUUUCGAUGUUUUUCAGCAUUUAUUAUCAAAUGCGCCUAUUCAAUUCGCUGGCGGCCUUUCAAAACGACAGUUUUAUUUCUUACACAUAUUGAAAAGUUUACUUGUAUGUCUGUUCUCAGUGAUUGUAAUUUGUUUGUUGAACCACCACCUCCGUCCAACUAAUGAUUUAGAUCUCAGUUCCCAUCCGAACAGAAAGUAAUAUCGAAAUUGAUCGUAGAAACGUUGAAUUUACAACAGUUUUAUUUGUUAACAACAACUUUUGUUGUAACAUCAAUAUACUUAUGAUGCAGUCCUGCAUGCCUCCAAAAUCUACAAUGGAAAAACAAUGUAAAUCAAUGUUUUUGAUUUCAGAAUAUAUGGGAAAAGAUCAAUUUUUUCAUUGUUACAUCCCUUAACGACCCCCCUUUUUCCAUGUAAAAAUCGGGUUUACAAUGAAAUUGAAUGUAGAAACAACAAAUGUGAUUAUAUUUCCAUUAUAAAUUUUCCAGAAUAACAUUGUUUUUCGUUGUAAUUUAACAAUAAAAAAUGCUAUAAUACUGUUGUGCAUUUCUAUUCGGGCAGUCAAACCAUUCGGAAUCCUCAGUGAAACCAGUAUGGAUUGCAGCUCAAAUGCGUCAACCGGUUCCGAAAACGAUUGAGUCGAAAUCGAUUGUUGCAUUGGAGCCAAAAUCCACUCUGAUUCCAUUCAAGGCUCCAUACCAGUUUGGGAAUGGGUUUGAUUGGUUUGAAAUGACUGACUAAUGUCAAAAAAUGAUCAAAGGGGAUAAUAGUAAUGCACAAUUCAUCUGCUCGCAUCUCUAACUGAUGUCUGUCUGUUUGUCAAAGUCAAUUUGAGGAGCGGUUUUGACAUUCAGUUUCUUUCGGUUGGAAAAUUAUCCUAACAGAGGUCCUACUACAAAUAGUCCACCUCUGGGAGCAGGGUUACCACAUAUACAGAUUAUUCUGUAUUUUACAGAUUUUUCAAGAUAAUUUACAACCAAGAUUCUGUAUAUACAGAUUACAGAUUUUUCGCUAAAAUACAGAUUUUACAGAUUUUCGGUGUAGGUUAGUAGAACCCAGGCUAUCAGAAUUUCAUAUAACGCUUAAAAAGCAUCCUAUGCAGUUCAGACCUUAAGUAACCGCUAAAGGCUAGUAUACAGUUCGAAAAACGUGUAAUGGGAUUUGGGUUGGCUGUGUACUUUAAAUGGAGCUCGGGAUUACGGGAUUUGAACUUUACAUUUACACAAAAAUGACAGUUUUCAUGAAGUGUAAACCCAACCGCAGGAAACAUCAAGAGAUUUUAUAACUCUUCACACAGAAAUCCGGCCGGGAGCAAUUCAAUACAAAUUGUUUCUGAAGUGGAAAAUUGUAUUUUUAUUAGUUUUAAAAUUCUGUGCUAUUUUGAUGCUGUUGGUGCUUUUUAGAAGCAGCAGAUCUUUUGUUUUGACAGUUUGGAGAGAUCUCGACGGAAAAUUUUCCCUGAUCAAAUCCUGACACAAAUCCUGUGACCGAUUUCCCGAACUGUAAACUAGUCAUGGAACAAAAACGCCAAAUUUAGAAAUAAUUUGUUCUACAGAUAAAAAAUAAAAUCAAUCUGAUUGUUUUAUUUGUGAUCGGUUAUCACAAUUAAUUUUUUACUGUCAAAAUAUUGUUUUUUGGGAAACUUCUAGUUCAUUUUUGAAUACAGAUUUUCGAUUCAGAAUUUUUCUCCCGCGAUACAGAUGUACAGAUUUUUUCACGAAAAAAUACAGAUUUCAAUAUGGCAACCCUGCUAGGGAGAGAUGUUUGAAGACGCUCUAUUGGGCCAGUGAAACUGUCAAAAUUUUAAGUAAGCUAAUACAAACCAGCCAUUAUUUGCAAAUAUGGACCAACAGGACUGUGCCACAAAAAAGAAGCCAUUAUAUGGUGACACUGCUAGCUUUUAACAAUGGAACGAAAGGUUCCCAAUUUGUCUGUUUUUUCCUCCGCACAUCUCUGACUAUGAGGAUAACAACUACAAAGUAAUCCAGUUAAAAAAAUCUAACUGUGUUUUCAAUAUAACGGUUGUGAACGUAUUUCAUAAAAUUGUUAUUGUCCUUUGGUACGGUCCGUAGAAAGCUGGAUUAGGCUAGACUCUUGGCACCCGCAGUUAAAAAUCAUCUAUCUGUCUUUCUAGUUGGUAGGAUACUGGAUAGGAAAAGUAUGAAUCGUUCAAACACUUAUUUAUUAAUAGUAAUUUGUAUCUAUGUUGAUUUCCUCGAACACGGGGAAAAGUGAUAUUUUGAAACAGUAACUUAUUGGAGAUUAAAUGAAUACUAGUCCGAG